CGGCCGCGGUCCCCGCAGCGCCUGUGGCCGCGAAGCCGAGCGGCCCAGGUUUCCAGCCGGGCCCCUUUUCCAGCUGGGCCCCAGCAUGGCUGCCCCCAGGGCUGCGGGUCGGGAAGCCUCCGCGUUCUCGUUUCCCUGACGGUCCCGGCUUCUGUGCUCUCCUUCCCCUCCCCAGGCCACUCGAGCAGACAUGUUUGCCAAGGCCUUUCGGGUCAAGUCCAACACGGCCAUCAAGGGGUCGGACAGGAGAAAGCUUCGGGCUGAUGUGACCACUGCUUUCCCCACUCUUGGAAGAGAUCAGGUCCCUGCCUUAGUACCUGGAAAGGAAGAGCUCAACGUUGUGAAGUUGUAUGCUCACAGAGGGGAUGCAGUGACUGUGUACGUGUGUGGUGGCAACCCCAUCCUAUUUGAACUGGAGAAAAACCUGUAUCCAACAGUAUACACCUUGUGGUCCUAUCCUGACCUUCUCCCAACGUUCACAACAUGGCCUCUGGUGCUCGAAAAACUGGUCGGGGGAGCAGAUUUGAUGCUUCCAGGCCUGGUGGUGCCCCCUGCCGGUCUGCCGCAGGUACAGAAGGGGGACCUCUGUGCCAUUGCCUUGGUGGGGAACAGAGCCCCUGUUGCCAUCGGAGUUGCUGCCAUGUCCACAGCUGAGAUGCUGACUUCGAGCCUCAAGGGAAGGGGCUUCUCCAUGCUGCACACCUACCGGGACCACUUGUGUUUUUCUAGGCGAUCUGGAGACAAGUCUUCUCCACCUUCCUUGGCUCCACUGGCCCUGGAUCCCCCAGAUCUCAAUGAAGAGAAGGGGUCUGUCCAGGCAGACCCCGCCCUGCAGGGAGACGUGAGGUGCCUGACCCUGGAGGGAGAGGACAAGGCGAAUGGCGAGGGUCGACAGCAGAUGUGUGGGGAGAAGUCCCUGUCAGAAGCCUCAGAAGACCCCAGCGUCAGGGGCCUGAACCCAGACCCCACAGACAGCAGGAGCCUGAAAGAGCAAAUGGAUGAACUGUUACAGCGAUGCUUCUUGCACGCUUUAAAGUGCCAAGUCAAAAAAGCUGACCUCCCUUUACUCACCAGCACGCUCCUUGGCAGCCACAUGUUCUCCUGCUGCCCUGAAGGACGACAGCUGGACGUGAAGAAAUCAAGCUACAAAAAGCUCUCUAAGUUCCUGCAGCAAAUGCAGCAGGAGCAGAUUAUACAGGUGGAGGAGCUGAGCAGAGGGGUGGAGAGCAUUGUGGCUGUGGACUGGAAGCACCCAAGGAUCACAUCUUUCGUCAUACCCGAGCCCUCCCCGACCUCCCAGACUAUCCAGGAGGGUAGCAGGGAACAGCCCUAUCACCCUCCAGAUAUAAAACCCCUCUACUGUGUCCCAGCCAGCAUGACCCUGCUCUUCCAGGAGUCUGGCCACAAGAAGGGGAGCGUUCUCGAGGGUGCUGAGGUCCGGACGAUCAUCAUCAACUAUGCCAAGAAGAACGACCUGGUCGAUGCGGACAACAAAAAUCUCGUGAAAUUGGAUCCCAUCCUAUGUGACUGCAUCUUAGAGAAAAAUGAACAGCACACAGUCCUGAAGCUUCCAUGGGACAGUCUCCUGACCAGAUGUUUGGAAAGAUUGCAGCCUGCCUAUCAAGUGACCUUUCCAGGACAAGAGCCCGUUAUGAAGAAAGGCAAAAUCUGCCCAAUUGACAUCACCCUAGCGCAGAGAGCGUCUAAUAAAAAGGUGACUGUGGUCCGGAACUUGGAGGCCUACGGUCUAGACCCGUACGCGGUGGCAGCCGUGCUCCAGCAGCGAUGCCAGGCUAGCACGGCUGUCAGCCCUGCCCCUGGGGCCAAGGACGGCCUGCAGGUCCAGAUCCAGGGAAACCAGGUCCGUCAUCUCAGCCGGCUGUUACUUGUGUGGGCGGCCGCUGCGUCUCCUCGGCGGGUUUACAGACAUUCUGGAACAGACACAGAAGUGAGAGUGGGUGCGCAGUGGUUCUCCGGAUGAGAAAGGGGAGGACCAGACCCUCCCAAAGACCUCGAAUAAGGGAGCACCAGUCCCGCGCGGUGAAAACUAAUCUCACGGGCGCAGGGUGAGAACAAUCAGAGAUAAAUCCCAGUGGUGCCACUGGGUAGCCGGCCAGCUCCGGGGAAGUAACUGAAAUCUAAGUCUCCUCACCUGUGAAAUGGGACCAAUGCCUACCCCUCGGGCUUGCUGCGAGACUAAUAUGAACGUGCCCAGCACACGGCACGGACGACGAAUUCGGUGCAUCAGCAGAACAGCAUUUGCUUACUGAGGGUUACUAGGGAAAAGACUGCAUUGAGAUGCUAUGGGAGCUGCAGAGAAAUGCAAGGCACCGUCUCCCGGAGGAAGCAACGAGAGCCGGAGAGACAGGAAUGUACACACGGUCCCAGCAUAUGCUGAUGGGAACGACAGCAAUUCACCCAGAUCCAGGGGACCAAGGGCACAUGAGCAUCAGCCCAGGCCCUACAUCACCGGCCACAGUACUUCGCACAUAAGAAGUUCAGUUGCUCCUUGAACAACACAGGUUUGAACUGCGUGAAUCCACUUAUACAGGAAUUUUUUUAU